AUGACCGAGGAAGGAGAGAAUAUAACCUUGAAGAACAAGGUACUCGUUGUAGGCCACAAAGGUGUCGGCAAACUUCAACUGGUGCAAGAACUUUGCAAAAUUCUCGACUCGACCAGCCAGCCGAUAUCAGAUACAACACCGCAAUGCGUCCCCUUAUCGCUAGCGACAAAGUACUACACGGCGGACAUUGUCUUAUGGGUGGACACCCUUGAACCAACCGCCGACGGAGCUUCAGCAAUCGACUCCGCGGAAUUGCGCGAACUGGGGGAAGCGGUGGACGGUUUCAUUUAUGUGUAUGACCGCGACAAGUCAGAAACGUUUGAGCCACUUCGGAGUUGGACGACGUUCCUAGACGACGUACAGCCAAAUGUUGCGUUGUGCGUCGCCAAUACAGUCACGGAGCCGACCCGGACCGCAGCAGAGACGCCGGUUCAUCUCCAAAACCACGAAGAGUUCUGUCUAGAGCACGGGAUGGAGUUCAUUGAUCUGUACCCAUCUCUACCAGAAGAGCGGGACUCGACUGACGAGAUCACGGAAGACGAGAUCAUGGCGGAGCGCGUUGGAGUAGAUAGGAUAGCGGAAGCGUUGGAGAACAAUAUGUGGGACGGUAUGGUGCGGGGGACGAAAUCAACCACAGCGAAGCCGACGUCGAAUGGGUCGGCAGGAAUUGACAAGGCGAAUCUUGCGAAUGCGGCAGAGGAUAGUAUACGGCGGCUGUUAUCGAUGAUGGAGGGUGCCGAUGGUGGUGGGUCGGAUGCUGAGGAAGUUGAUGAUGACGAUUUUGAGCGGUCACUACGGACGUUGCAGACGCUGAGAGAACACGGAAAGACUUUAUCCGAUAGUGAAAGACGAGCGCUGGCAGCUCAGUUCGCCAUGUCGUUGGGGGUUACAUCGAGCGAUGAUGAAGCCUGA